AUGGCUUCAGACGCAGAGACCUUCGUCGAAUACCCGCUACACAUCGACCCAACCUCCAAAGCAAUCUCAGCCCCUACAGCGUCCUCGACAGAACUUGAUGCCGAACUUGAAGCGCUAAACCAAACCCACCGCGCUCUUCUCAAUCUUGAUCCCCCAAAUGUGCCUCCUCCACCACGACCUGUGAAUCCUAAACGAAGCGCACAAAUAGGGAAACUUCGCGAUACAGCAAACGCCGCAUACCGAAAGGCAGCCUUCGGGGAGGCCACUAAACUAUAUACUCACGCAAUUGAUAUGGCGCUUGCACGACCACCGUGGGAGCCCGUAGGACUAAUGCGCGAGGAGCUAUCUGCACUGUAUGCCAACAGGGCUCAGGCUUAUAUGCAACAGCAACUCUGGGCCGAGGGGUGGGUUGAUGCUCAGCUCAGUACCGAGUGUAACGAGCAAGGGAACGGUAAAGCUUGGUGGCGCGGUGGGAAGUGUUUGGUUGAGAUGGGGAGGUGGGAUGAAGCCCAGAAGUGGGUUGCUAAGGCCCUGGAAAUGGAAGGCGAUGGGGAGGUUGCGAAAGAGCUGAAUGCAUUGAUGGUCGAUAUUCACACUGGACUAGGAAAACGACUCUAA